AUGGCCUUCCCCCAGCCUGGGCUCAACAGAGACCUGCUGAACCCUGGAGAAUUUUGCUUUCACCUUUCAGGAGAAUGGAAAACCCUUUACGUCGCAUCCAAUAACCCAGAGAAGACCAGUGAGAAUGGGCCAUUCAAGGUUUAUAUGCGUAAUAUUCAUCUUGAUGAUGAAAAUGACAGAGCAGCCUUCAACUUUUUUGUCAAAAGCUAUGUAAGUAAAAAUAAAAUCAAAAUUAUUCCUCUCUCUGAAAAUGCUCUGAGAAUGUAUAGUGUCAACAUGGAUGAACUAGACAAGACUACAAAACUUACUGGACUGACUGGCAGAGGAACUAACAUGGAAGAGGAAGACUUUGAGACGUUCAAGCAGAUGACGAGAGAAGAGGGGACUCCGGAAGAAAAUACUGUGAAUGUCACGGAAGCUGGUGAAUGUGAUAAGAAAGAUGUGGUACAUAUGUACAAUGGAAUAUUACUCAGCCAUAAAAAAGAAGGAAAUAAUGCCGUUUGCAGCAACAUGGACAGACCUAGAGAUGAUCAUACUGAGUGAAGAUGUGUCACUGGGAACCAGGCAUAUCAUCUCCUCCAUGGAAUCAAGGUCAACAACACGAAGACAACGUUCCUGGUUCCUGCAGAACAAUCCCCCUUCUCUCUCCAUCAUCACACUCCCUUUCCCAUUUCAUCUCUCCUGGUCACCAUUCAUGUCCCAUCUG